CGCGUGCAAUACCUGUGACGUCAGUCGGGGCGGCGGCGGCGGCGGCGUCGUAGCGUCGCGAGAGGCAGCGGCCAGUAGCACGCGGGCCGCCACACCGCCAGCACGCGACCUGCACUCUGCCACGCCGAGGAUGAAGAGCGCGUCUGCGCCGGACAGCGAGGAGCAGGAGCUGGUGGUGGUGCGCGUGAAGGACGGUCAGCUGCGAGGCCGCCGCAGGGCCACGGUGUGGGGGCUGCCCUUCUGCAGCUUCCAGGGCGUGCCCUACGCCCGCCCGCCUGUCGGGGACCUCCGCUUCAGGGAGCCUCAGCCGCUGGAGCCGUGGUCCGGGGUUCGAGACGCGCUACAGGAGGGCGCUGUGGCUGUGAGCGUCCAUCAUGACGACUUCUCAAUCGCCGUUGGCAACGAGGAUUGCCUCUACCUCAACGUUUACACACCACAGCGGGUGCCGGGGGACGGCGGACGGCUGGCGGUGAUGGUGUGGCUGCACGGCGGCGGCUUCGUCUGGGGCAGCGGCAGCGCCGACUGCUACGGCCCCGACGUGCUCAUGCACGCUGCCAUCGUCCUCGUCACACUCAACUACCGCCUCGGUGUGCUCGGCUUCCUGAGCACGCAAGACGAGGUGGUGCCCGGCAACAUGGGCCUCAAGGACCAGGUGGCGGCCCUCAGAUGGGUACGCGACAACAUCGCCAGCUUUGGUGGCGACCCGAACAACGUCACCAUCUUUGGCGAGAGUGCGGGCGCUGCCUCAGUCCACUACCAUCUACUGUCCCCGCUCUCCAAAGGAUUAUUCCACAAGGCCAUAAUGCAGAGUGGUUCAGCCUUAAGCAUGUGGGCAGCAGCAGAUGGAAUCCGCGAGAAAAGUUUUAAACUGGGAGAGCUUCUGGGCUGUCAUACUGACAGCAGUGAGGAGCUUGUUCAAUUCCUCAGAGGGGUCGACCCUCACAAGCUUGUUGAAACAUUCCCCAAAGUUGUUCCUGAAAAGGAACAAAUGGGAGCUUUGACAGUGGCAUUUGUUCCAUGUGUUGAGAAGGAACACUCAGGCGCUUUCUUGACAGAAGAACCAUUGGUACUGAUGACUCAAGGACGUUUUCACAGAGUUCCAGUUAUUGUGGGUGGAACCUCCGGAGAAGGGAUUGCCAUGCUUGCACUUACUGGAAUUCUAAAGGAUACAGAAAAAAUGGAUUUCAUGAUUGACAAUUUUGAGUUAGUGUUUGGUGAUAGUCUUCUUAUAAAAGACCUACAUACAAGAAAAACAGUUUGUGAUAAAUUAAAACAAUUUUAUUUUGGCAACACAUCACCAGAUGAUCGCCAUAGGAGGCUUGUUUUGAUGUGUGCAGACCUUCACUUCAAUAUGGGGUCAGACAUAACUGCUAGACUCAUCGCAUCAGCACCCAAUCCACCUCAGAUUUAUCGUUACCAGUUUUCCUUUGAAAGCGACCUAGCACUUACUUCCAGAAUGGUUGAUCGCAGAUUUCCAGGUGCUACUCACACUGCUGAACUUUGCUACUUAUUUUUGUUUGCUGAUAACAGGCAAGACAUUAAUAAAGACAGCCACCAACAUACUGUUCGCUCCAUUAUGGCUUCUCUUUGGACAAAUUUUGCCAAAACUGGUGAUCCAACAUAUGAACUAAAUGAUGUUGUGACAGAGCACUGGCCAGCCUACACAUUAGAAGACCCAGCAUUUGCAGACAUUGGACAGGAAUUGAAAAUCAAAAGAAAUAUUAACAGCCAAUAUUUCAAUUUCUGGUGGGAUACAUACUAUCCAGCACGUCUUCAAUCUGCUAAACAAUGACUAUCUAAAAACAAUUGAUGAAGGCUCUGUUGCUUUUGAUUGGUUAAGUUUCUCAAAUUUCUCUCCAUCUUUCUGUUUGCAUUUCCUGGGUGGGCGCUGUUUAAAUGUUUCAUUUGAUUAAGAUAGAAAGGAAUGUGUUACAUUUGGUUAUGAAAGCAUAUUCAUUUCACAUUGAAAACAAGCACAAAAAACAAAACAAAAAUCAUAGAAAUAAAUUAUUAUUCAAAUGGAUCAUCGCUUUAGUACUUCAGAAAACAGAAUGACCUCAUAUGGAUCACUGUUUAAAUGAUAAGUUCAAACCAACUUUUUAAAGGAUUGUAAAAAACAAACAAAAACCAUUUUAUUGGAGUAACUGAAUUUGAAAAAAAAUUACACAUUUUGCAUGGAUUAUAAAACAAAUGAGAGAGAGAGAGAGAGAGAGAGAGAGAGAGAGAGAGAGAGAGAGAGAGAACAUACUUUCAUAACGGUGAAAGGUCAAGAUGUAAAGUAUGUGAAGUGCAUCUCUUGGAAACAUCAAACAGAUAUGCCCAUGCUCGAAUACUUUGGAAUCAAAAUGUUAUCGUUUACCAGUUGUAACAGAUAAAUUUCAUCAAGUACAUUGUUAAUCUUAUUUUACAUAUUUAUAGUUACUAGAACAAAAUUAAUUUAUUUAACAUUCAUGAGAUGAAGCCCACUGAUUUGGUUACAUAAGCCAGAAAAUAUUUGAAUACUUGCAAAAUAUUUGAUUAGCUUCUUAACUGUUCACAACCAGUCUACCAUGACCGUUGGUACCAAGUGUUUCUGGAGCCCUUAUUAAACAAAGAAAUUAAGCUAUGUAUACUGAAGAACAGUAUCAUAGUAAUGUGUGUCAUCAGUACAAGUAAUAGGGGACAUGGAGUUCAUGAAUCUGAAAUAAAAUUUCCAGAGAGAAAGCACAACUUAGGUUUUUAAAAUGUAAUUUCACACACAAAAAAUUAAAAUCAUUGCAGAAAACUAAUUUUCAAAUAAACUUUAAAGAUUGAGGUAAAUAAUUAGCACAAUGUCACAUAAAACUGAAAUUAGACCAAAUGAAACUAAUCACUUUAUCAUAUCAAUGAAAAUAAUCAAUGUUUGAAAAUAUAAGCUAUUUGGAUGGAUAAAAAAAAACUAUUCACCAAGUAGCAGCAGGAGGAACACAUAUAGAGGAAAAAAAUGAGCUGCAUGGUCACCGAUGGUAUCUGUGCUUUUGGACAUGUCCAAAAGAACAGAUACCGUCUUAGUAUAUACAUAUAAAGGAUAUGAAAAUAUGCAACCUUUUAGAGCCAGUAGCUCCUUCUUCUGGUAGAAGACUUGAAAGGUAGAAAAGAGGGCUGGAGGACAAGGAAUGGUGAGGCUUAGAACAUGGGGAGACUUAUGGAAAAGUCAAAAAGAAUCCUGGAUCAAGGGAGACUUAUUGCAGAUCGGAUGAGAAGGAAAGACAGAUUGUUGGUGCCAGACAAGAUUUUAAAACUAAAAGAUUGGACAACUUUUUCACAACUCUCCCUAUUUCCUAAAUCUUAUCAGUCCUUUAACUUCAUCCCUCUUCUUUUACCUUCAUUUCUUCUGCAAGAAGAAAAAAACCAUUGACUCAAAAACCUUGCAUAUUUGCUUAUCUUUUAUAUGUUUUUUCUCUUGCCUUCACUUGGUGAGUAGAUUUUUUAUCUGUCCAGUAAUAAUCAUUUUAUCAGUAACUCCACAUUCUGUGAAACUAUUUCUUUCCAAACUAAAUUUUCAACUGACAACCUCCAAAUAUUGAACAAGAUGUAAUAAUAUUCAGAUUCCUAACAUAUAAACAAAUUUUAAGUACUUGGAACACAUAAGGUAAUUUGAUCAAAAUCUCUAUCUUAUCAUCAGGUGAACAUAACAUUAGGUGAAUGAUUCAUUUGAAUUCAUUUAUUUUCUUUUUUUUUAAAUCUGAAAUCAUUGUUUUUAAAUAGUUAUGGGCUUCCUUAUUUCCGUUACAUAAGUUGAAGUUUGUGAGCUAGUAGACAGUGAAGGUCACAGAUAAGUUGACAGCCUCUUACCUCAUAGCAAGAGACAGCUGCAUAAUGUCCUGUGGACAGAAACAGUUCUAUUUUGAAAAUUAGUUCAUAUCACUCAUAAGAUGAUAGAAACUGAGUUCCAUUUACAAAAGAAAACAUUUGUGGCAGUGGCUGGAAGUAUAACAUCUUCUCAAGGAAUACAUACAUUGUUUACAAUGUUUCUUUGGUUAGUUUCAUCAUCCAUGGAUCAUGUGCAUGAUAAAUUGUAAUGAUGUGGAAAGAGUCAUUUUACACUCACAUGGCAAACUAAUUUCUAAGUAUGACUUUAAUGUAGCAAAUUCAGGGAAAGAGGCCCUGAAAGAGAGCUUGGAAGACACAGAGAUAGUUUCUUGCAGGUUGCACAACUGUUUGUUGAGAAUGAAUGUGCCACUCAGAAAAUACACACAACGAAAGUACUUUUAGUCAGUAACAAAUGUCUAGAAAAGUUAAUGUAAAACAAGGGUAAUAUGGUGAUCAUUUUCAUUUCACAUAUUCAUUAAACAGAGGAGGAGGAGGAGGAGGAUGGAACUGCACAAAAUGAGCAUUCUUUGUGCAUCAUUAAGCAAUUAUGAUUAAAAAUGAAACCAGUGUUGGAAUUUUCAAAACAUAUAGCUGACAAAAAAACAACUGUUCUCUUAUCUGAUCUGUGGAUUUGUCUUAGAUCAUAGGUAAUGGCAUUCACAGGUCAUUAAAUGAUGCCAUCCUGAGUGCACCACAUUUAAUGAAAGAAUAGCUUGUUCCUUUCAGUGUGAAUACAGCAGUAAGCGCUAAUUUUUAUUAAGGGACUAAAAUCAUUCCUGGUCACUACCAGUUUAAUUCACAGCUCACACAAAUGGUAAGUGCACUUUGCAUCCAACAUUCUUAUUCCUUCCUUUCAGUCAAUAAUCUGAAGCCAUUUGAUAUGCUUCAAAGUUUUAAGAAAGAACAGGAAAAUUAGUGAUCUCAUACUUAGCUGCUGAAUUAAAUAGCUGUUUUAAAAUGUCAUGCUGAUCUCAUUGCCAAAUUCUAAUGGAGUUGAUAUGCAAAGCCUGUCAUCAAUUACUUCAUUGGUAUCCCACCAGGAAUUGAACAUGAGACUGCUGGGUGUGAAGUGUGAAACGUAGACACCACACCCUAAAGAAUCAAUCGAGUUAACAACUGUAUCUCCAAUUGUGUCUCAUGUUAAUUGCACUGACAGUAGAGUUAGCACAGAAAUACUCCAAAAUGCAACAGAGAGAACAAAACUUUUUGUUUUAUAUACUUCUAUGAAGUUUAUAAAGUACAAUAUUUGAAAUGUAGCUCAUCCACAUGUGUUGUGUGCAUUUCAUGUAUUAAUGGAUUAUUAAAUUAGAGUACAGCUUCUACCAAAGUGAAAUUGUAAUGCUGUGAAAUGGCUGUGUAAUAUUACCUUGCAUGUGAAAAACUAAUAUUUUUACAAAUGGAAAUAAAAUAUAUUUAUUUUUA